AUGACGGUAGACAAGUCAGUUUACCAUUUGGGACCUCAGUUUAUUCAUUGCAAAUCAAAGGAAGUUUCUAAUUUCGAGAAUGCAAAACCAAAAAAGAAGUCAAUCCGGAGAUUUGUGUCUGAAAACAAAGUAUUUGAAGGAAAAGCUGUGAAUGACACAAUCUGGCAGGAACCCAGCAAGCCUGAGAAUGAUUCCCACAUCAGAAGACUCUGUCAGCUAAAAGACCUAAAUGAAGAUGAUGAUUUUCUUCUGAGUAAUAACAUACAUACUCUUCAAGGAAAAAAACUGCAAGGCAUUUCCUAUCAGCAUUCAGUUGAUGGCUCAGACCUUUUGUAG